AUGGCUAAGAAUCAGAGCGCAACUGCUAACGCGUCAGUCUUCGAGACUCCCACGUAUCCCACUAACUGUCUCUACUUUUUGCAAGAUCAUAUGCAAGUCCGAAUUCCACCUUCACCGAAUAGGAAGAGCCAGCUCCUAGACAUUGUUAUCGUCGGCGCGGGCCUAGGAGGUUUAGCAACCGCCAUUGCUCUCGCACAAAGUGGUCAUCGUGUCAAGGUUUAUGAACAGGCAUCCGUUCUGGGUGAAGUUGGUGCAGGCAUCCAGAUUCCCUCAAAUUCUAUGCGGCUGCUGGCUGAACUCGGACUGGAGCCUUAUCUCAAAGACCAUGCAACUGAACCUAAAGCAAUUUAUUUCAGACGCUGGCAAAAUGGCAAGACAAUUGGGAUGACCAAGUUAAUCCCAGAGUUUCGCCAGACUUACAAUGCACCAUAUUAUGUCAUUCAUCGGGCCGACUUCCAUUCUGCUUUGCAUAAACGGGCUCUAGACGUGGGGGUUGAAAUCAAGCUAGGUUCCAGGGCAGUGAGUUACAACGCAGAUACUUCAACUAUCACAUUUGAAAAUGGAAGCGUUGUCACUGCAGAUCUUAUCGUGGCAGCGGAUGGCGUCAAAUCUUUGGCCCGUAAAGUAGUUUUAGGUGGUCAUGACAAGGUACCCCAGAAGACAGGCUUUGCAGCGUACCGAUCCACUGUUAAGGUUGAGCGAAUGCAACAAGAUCCUGAAUUGGACAGCUUACUCACGGAGCCUGCUCUCAAUAUCUGGGUUGGCGAUGGCCGCCAUGUGAUGACUUACAAGAUUGGCGCCGGCAAGACAUUCAACUUAGUUUUGUCCCAUCCUGAUAAUUCCGACCCUCGAGAGUGGGAUCAGUCAAAAGCUCUCGAUGAAAUGAGAGCAGAGUUUCGUGGUUGGGAUACCAAGUUGACCAAGGUUAUCAAUCUUAUUGACAAGACAAUUAAAUGGCCCCUCCUCAGCGGCUCCAAGCUGGAUCAGUGGGUAUCUGAAAGGUUAGUUUUGUUGGGAGAUGCGGCACAUGCGAUGGUUCCAUACAUGUCGCAAGGUGCUGCAAUGGCUGUGGAGGACGGCGUAGCACUGGCGCAUUCGUUAAGCAAAGUUCACGAUUCUCGUGAUAUUUCUAAGGCUCUUUCGAUUUACCAGAGUGUUCGUACCAUAAGAUCGUCGCAGAUGCAAGAGGCUAGUCUGCUUAAUGGACAGCUAUGGCAUUUUCCGGAUGGGCCACUGCAAGAAGCUCGAGACUUGGCAAUGUACCCAGAAACUGUGUCUCGUCCUUUUGUUCACAGCCCCAAUCAGUGGAGUGACCCGACAACUCAGCUCUGGUGUUAUGGAUAUGAUACGAAAAAGGCGGUCGAGGAGGAGUGGGAGAAGCGUAUAGCCAAUGGCUUCUAA